UUAAACGAAAAUUGAUUAAACACAUAGAAUGAACUUACUUUUAACAGAGAAAACAAUCAGCAAUAUCACACAUAAAUUUCAAAGCAUUUCUGCAGUCACACGAUGGUGUUAAUUACUGAAGAUCUCAUUCGUAAAAGAGCAGAGCAUAAUGAAGGAGAAAUAUACUCCCUUGAAGAAGUGUCUUUACAUCAACAAAAUAUUGAAAGGAUUGAGUUUAUUGAAAACUGGUGUAAAAACCUGAAAAUAUUAUACCUACAAAACAAUCUCAUACCGAAGAUUGAAAAUCUGUCGAAGCUGAAAAAUCUAGAAUAUUUAAAUUUAGCUUUAAAUAACAUUGAAAAAAUUGAAAACUUGGAAGGUUGUGAAUCCUUGAAAAAACUUGAUUUGACAGUAAAUUUUAUUGGUGACUUGUGUAGUGUUGAAUCUCUAGUUGAUGUACAUUUUCUCGAAGAACUUUACUUAACUGGAAAUCCUUGCACAGAGUAUCCAGGGUAUAGAGAAUUCGUGGUGGCAACUUUACCGCAAUUAAAAUCAUUAGAUGGAGUGGAAAUAACUAAAUCAGAACGUAUUAUUGCAUUUCAAAACUUACAACAUAUUCGCCCAAUUAUCAAAGAAAAAGAAAGUCAGCACAAAUUGAAAAGAAUUUCGGAAAAGGCUGAAGCUUUACGAAGAAAAGAAAGAUUUUCCAAGACAAAUGGAGAUUCCAGUAGCACAAUUGCAGAUUCAGAAGAAUUUUGGUCUGAAAAGGUUCCCUACACACCCGAAUCACGAAUUGAAACACAUGAAUAUAUGCAACAAAAGGAAAAAUCAAAGCAACAAACAACAGAUUCAAGGAGAAAGACGCAAGUAAAUAUGAAAUAUUUUGCCAAAGACGGUAGACCAUACAAUAUCAACACAGCUAAGCUAGAGUUCAGCCUCAAGGAAGAUACAUUAGACAAUCACGAUGUUUACAUACUUGAUAUCAGUGUAUAUAAGCACAUGGAUACAGCUUUGAUAGAAUGUGAUAUACAGGUCAACUAUGUUCGGGUAACACUUAAAGGAAAGGUAUUUCAACUGGCUUUACCAGAUGAAGUUCUAGCCGAUGCUUCAAACGUCAAGCGUUCUUUAACGACAGGGCAUUUAUUGAUUACUAUGCCAAAGGCUUCUCAUGAAGUCAGAAGAUACACAAACAAUGGACAUAAAAUUUCUCACGAAAAAUCCAACAGAAAGAAUCAAAGUUCCGUUCAAGAUACGAAUAAAUUGAAUGAUAAUAUCAAGAGUAUAGUCACGACCGAAUCUUCAGAUAUCCAGCUCCAUCAAGUAAACCAAACAUCAAAUAUCACUUCCAGCAAACUGUUUGAGAGUACUCCAUCAAAAAGUAAGGAAUCUUUUUUUCGGAUAAACAAGCAAUCCGCAACCCCAAAAAUGUACGACGAAUACAUCGAAGACUGUUUAGACGUUCCACCGCUUAUUUAAUUCGUGGAAUUUACAAGUAAAUGGUUUAUAUUUUAAAGAAAUGUACUGAUAAUAUGCAAAGUUACUGUAAACAUUAUAGGAACUUUAUACAGCUAGGGAUAACUAGCUAACUCAUUAAAGUAAAACAAAC